AUGCACGAAGUUUGCGAACUAGCCGAAUUUAAGUUUGGCGAAAUUAUUGACCUGGAAAAGUGGUCAAAUAUUGAAACCAUUCUUAAUUGUCCUAAAACAACUAUUUGCAAAAACAAACCACAACUGCCUGGUAAACCACCUAACUUGAAUAAGAGAAAUAUUAGACAAUCUUGUAAAAAUAGUUUAUAUAGUCAAGCACGAAAAAGAAUAACUUUGUUAUUCGAAAAAAUAUUAAAAUGGUGUUGUACUAGAAAAGAUUAA